AUGCAUUCACAAAACUAUAGGGGCCCCGGGCAGGUGUCGUCCUCGGCCAGAUGUGGCGCAGCCCGGGCCCUUCGCCAGGAGUGGUGGGCCCCGGGGAGGCCCUGCAGCAAGGGUGGCGGCGCAGCGUCAGCGCCUCGGAGCGCCCCCAGCUGCUGGAACUGCGGAGGCCAGGGGGCGACCGCGGGCGGAGAUCGACUCUUCUGUCCCGCCUGUCGGGCUCUGCAACCGCCCAGCCCCGAGCCCCACUUCUUCCGCCUCAUGGACUGCGCCCCGUCCUUCACAGUGGACGUCCAGAAUCUGCAGCGCCGGUACCAGGAACUCCAGCGCCUGGUGCACCCCGAUAACUUCAGCCAGAAGUCACAGACUGAAAGGGACUUCUCAGAACAGCAUUCCACACUGGUGAAUGAGGCCUACAAGACCCUGCGUACCCCAAUGAGCCGAGGGCUCUAUCUGCUGAAGCUCAGGGGCUUGGAGAUCUCCGAGGGUACAGACACCAACGUGGACAUGCAGUUUCUCGGAGAAAUCAUGCAAGUCAAUGAGAAGCUUGAAGGAGCUGAGAGUCAGGCUGAAACCAGAGAGAUUGAAGCCUUGGUCAAAGAUAAGCAGAAAGAAUUGACCGAAGAAGUGAGCCAAGCUUUCAAACAAGGUGAUCUUCAGAAAGCCAAGGAACUUUUAGGGAAAAUGAAAUACUUUGUAAAUUUAGAAGAAAAAGUGAAACUAAAGAAGACACCCUCCUAA